CUUCACGUUGUACAGCGCUCAUGCAUGACAUAAUUCGUGGAGAUAAGAAAUAUCAAAUUUUAUAUUUUUUUUUCCCAGAAGCAAUCAAAACUUCUUAGCUGUAGAUUGUUCAUCUAAAUUUGUGAAAUAUUCUCAUCUAAAGUUUAUUCAAAAAAUGGUAAAAAUUAGUCUUCUGCUUUUUGUGCUUCUACUGACAAAAAUGACUGAGUCAAUUGAAAUUUACUGUAAUUAUAAAAACGAGGAUACACACACAUCAUACAGCUACUACUGUGAUGUCCAAAAUCAGCUCAACGUAAUGUCAACAAACUCAGCUAAUAUAAAUUUUGUCAGAGGUGAUCAUGACUUUGGUCAAUCAAACGAUAAUGUGACAUGCUUACAUGUCUCUUAUAAAAAUGUACAAAUAUUUCCGAAAGGCAUUCAAAAGAUCUUCAAGAACUUGAAAAGAAUCGACAUUUACUAUGGUCGUCUUAAGGAAAUUAAUCAAGAUGAUCUUAAAGCAUUUCCACAGCUUAUUGAACUUGAUUUAUAUAAUAAUGAUAUUCAAGUUCUGGAAGAUAAGAUUUUUGCUUAUAAUCUACGAUUGACAUACAUUAACUUUAGCUACAAUAAACUAGUUCAGAUUGGCGAAAAUGUUUUUAAAAUGAUGAAUUUGACAUUUUUGGGUCUGUUCUCAAAUGGUUGCAUCAGUAAAACUGCAUCAAAUAGCACUAAAGCAGUUUUGGAUAUUAUUGCUCUAAUUAAGAUUAAUUGUGUAUCAGAAAUGUAGAUUUUGAAAGAACAAAACCUAGUUUUAAUUAAUUAUGAUUAUAAUAAGUGUAACUGUAAAGUAACAUCCGAA